AUGAAUUUUUAAUUUCAAUAAGAAAACGAAGACGAAAACGAAUGGGAAGAAGAAGGUGAAGAAGAUGAAGAAGAAGAAGAUUAUAAAGAAGAUAAUGAAAAAAAAAAUGCAAAUAAUAUAAAAGACAAUGAUACACAAAAACUUUAUGAUAUUUUAGGAGUUGAUAAAAAAGCAGAUAUUAAUGAAAUAAGAAAAUCAUUUAAAAAAGCUUGUAUUAAAGGUGAAUAUAGACAUCCUGAUAAAGGUGGAGAUCCAGAAAAAUUCAAAUUAUUAAAUCAAGCUUAUGAAAUAUUAUAAGAUGCUGAAAAAAGAGAUAUAUAUGAUAAAUAUGGUUUAGAUGGAUUAAAAUAAGGAGGUGGAGCAGGAGGAAAUGAUCCUUUUGAUAUUUUUAAGUAGUUUUUUGGAGGUGGAGAUGAUUAGAGAAGUUAAGGAUAGAGAAAAGCUAAACCAAAAUAAAUAAGUGUAGAAGUAUCUUUAUAAGAUGUAUAUAAAGGUAAAGUCUUAAAAACAAAAUUUAAAAGAAAAAGACCUUGUGAAAAAUGCGAAGGAAAAGGAGGUGCAAAUGCAAAAGUUUGUACUAUUUGCAAAGGAUAGCGAUAUGUUAUUAAAAUGGUAAAAUUAGGUCCUAAUACUUAUUCAUAAAGUUAAUCUGUAUGCGAUACUUGUUAAGGAAAAGGAGACAUUAUAAAAGAUGAAGAUAUUUGCUAAUGUUGUAAAGGAUUAAAAAUAGUUGAAAAUGAAAGAGAGAUUGAAGUUCCUAUAGAACCAGGUGUUCCUGAUUAAUAUAAUUGUUUAUUUACUGGAGAGGCAGAUGAAGGACCUGGAAUUAUGGCUGGUGAUUUAUAUGUUAAAAUUAUUAUAAAAAAACAUAAUGUAUUUGAAAGAAUAGGUGCUGAUUUAUAUAUAGAUUAAGAAAUUAGUCUUUUAGAAGCUUUAGGUAAUGUUUAUUUUGAAGUUAAACAUUUAGAUGAUAGUAUACUUAAGGUGGCUAGUCGAGAUUAUAUUCAUAAUGGAAAAAUAAUGAGUAUAAAAAAGAAAGGAAUGCCAUUUUAUAAGGAUAAAUUUGAUUAUGGAAAUCUUUAUAUUAGAUUUAAAGUUAUUUUCCCGAAAGAAUUAAGUCCUUAAUUGAUGAAUUCUCUUAAAUAAAUUUUACCCGGAAAAUAAUAAAAUUUAAUUAAUAAAAAUAAACAGUUUGAAUAUAUGUAAGAUUUCCAUGAAUGUGAUAUGAAUUAAAAUCCUAAAGGGGGAUAACAUAAAAAUGCAGAAGAUGAUGAUUAUGAAGAUGCUCAAGAUGCUCAUUAAACUUAACAUGUUUAAUGUGGAUAAUAAUGAUUUUUUGUUAUUAUUUAAUAUUUUUAUUUAUUAUUUUAAAGAUUAAUUUGUUAUAAAUAUUUUGCCGAUU